UAGGGAGUUACAAAAGCUUCGAGGUAACUAGGAAGAGCCAAAAUAAGGGGUGGUUUCAGCCUAACCCAUUACCAUGGUUGUGUUGCUAGUGUUGCAUGAUAGGUUUGAUGUCGAUAUGCCAUUGGUAUUUGAGAGCAGCCUUAGCUCUCCAUCAAGUAAAGCAAGAACUGGUAAAGUAGAUGAAGUUGAAAAGUACAAAGAAGCAGAACUGGCAACCAUUGGUGCCACGGCAAUAGUAAAGGUGACAUUUGCGUUAGGAAAAAGGGAGAGAGUUCCCCUGCAAGGCAAUUUGGCUACCAAGAUCCAAGAAACACAAGCAAAGUUGGGUGCUGGAUUCAAAUUUAAGGUUGCCUUACACCAUGAGGUGGUAGAUAGCAAAGCCACCAACAAGGGGCUAAAGAAAUUGGGGUUAGUUGUGUGGAGUACUAGAUUCCUUCUACCAUACUUGUUUGGGCUACCUCGACAAAUGAACUAGUGUGUUCUAUUGCUGCAAAUAGUUGGAUGCCUAUAUAUUUGGACGAUUUUGUAGCUGGCUUAAGAUUUCCUUUGCCAAGGUUGCUUUUUGAUGUGCUGGCAGAGUAUGGCCUGGGGUUAACACAGCUUACCCUAAAUUCAAUAAAAUUUAUUGUAGGAU